UUGGCCCAACUGUGAUGGGCCCAGUUGUGCAAGUGCAAGUGCAGGUGCAGGGUGCACCCUCACUCACUCCAGAUUCUCGCCAUCUAACAUCCAACCAAACCAACUAAGCCAUCUCUCCGACUGUACGCAUUAGAUUUAGGCGGAGCUUUCUAUCUGCCACCCUCCUCCUCCACAUCGUUUCCAUCGCCGUUCUUCUUCUCAUAAAAAGCCACCCUUUGUCCCUACCCUUAUAUUCGCAUUUUCAUUAACAUACUCAUUCUCACAGGAAAUGGAGGCCACAAUGGCAGCCUGCAACUCUCUUAGCUCGCCUUCUGUUCCCAUCCCAGGCUUGUAUGCGGGAACAAGUAGAGGAAUCAAGAAUUCACAAUGCAGUUUCUUAGGUGCAACUAAGGUGAAUUUUCCCAGCCAAACAAUGUCCAGAACUUGUCAACUCAAUCACAAACAUAAAACACGUUCUGGGGCACUCCAUGCUACCUGCCAGGGUGACAAGAUCCUGGUAGCUAACAGAGGCGAAAUCGCAGUUCGUGUUAUUCGCACUGCUCAUGAAUUGGGAAUACCCUGUGUGGCUGUGUACUCAACCAUAGACAAGGAUGCACUUCAUGUCAAAUUGGCUGAUGAAUCCGUUUGCAUUGGCGAAGCGCCAAGCAGCCAAUCGUACUUAUUGAUCCCAAAUGUACUGUCUGCUGCUAUUAGCCGUAGAUGCACAAUGUUGCAUCCCGGAUAUGGUUUUCUUGCUGAGAAUGCAGUGUUUGUUGAAAUGUGUAGAGAACAUGGAAUCAAUUUUAUUGGACCUAAUCCUGACAGUAUUCGGGUUAUGGGUGACAAAUCAACUGCCAGAGACACAAUGAAGAAUGCAGGGGUUCCUACUGUUCCAGGAAGUGAUGGGCUUUUACAGAGCACUGAAGAAGCUAUCAGGCUAGCAAAUGAGAUUGGUUUCCCUGUUAUGAUCAAGGCAACAGCAGGUGGCGGUGGACGUGGUAUGCGACUUGCUAAAGAACCUGGAGAGUUUGUGAAGUUGUUACAGCAAGCUAAGAGUGAGGCUGCUGCCGCCUUUGGUAAUGAUGGAGUUUAUUUGGAGAAGUACAUUCAAAAUCCUAGGCACAUUGAGUUCCAGGUUCUUGCAGAUAAAUAUGGUAAUGUUGUUCACUUUGGAGAACGUGAUUGCAGCAUCCAGAGGCGUAAUCAGAAACUGUUGGAAGAAGCACCAUCUCCUGCUUUGACCCCAGAGCUGCGGAAGGCAAUGGGAGAUGCAGCAGUUGCAGCAGCUGCAUCUAUCGGUUACAUAGGUGUUGGAACAGUUGAAUUCCUCUUGGAUGAAAGGGGCUCCUUUUACUUCAUGGAGAUGAAUACUCGUAUCCAGGUUGAACAUCCGGUGACAGAAAUGAUAUCUUCUGUUGAUUUGAUUGAAGAGCAAAUUCGUGUGGCUAUGGGAGCGAAGCUUCGUUACAAACAGGAGGAUAUUAUUCUGAGAGGACAUUCUAUUGAAUGCCGUAUCAAUGCAGAAGAUGCUUUUAAGGGAUUUAGACCAGGGCCAGGUAGAAUUACAGCAUACUUACCAUCAGGAGGCCCAUUUGUCAGAAUGGAUAGUCAUGUUUAUCCUGAUUAUGUAGUUCCUCCAAGCUAUGACUCCCUUCUUGGAAAGUUGAUUGUGUGGGCUCCAACAAGAGAAAAAGCAAUUGAACGCAUGAAAAGGGCACUUGAUGACACCAUCAUCACAGGUGUGCCUACAACAAUUGAAUAUCAUAAACUCAUCCUUGACAUAGAGGAUUUCAGAAAUGGCAAGGUUGACACUGCUUUCAUUCCAAAGCAUGAAGAGGAGUUGACCAUGCCACCUCAGAAGAUGGUACCUGCUAUUAACAAGGCAAAAGAAUUUGUUGGAGCAACUGUAUGAUGGAUAUAACUCCCUGAUGCCACCCCUUUUAAGAAUACGUUUUUGAAAGCCUAUGCAGUGCUAGUCCUUCGUUCUUGUGGACGUUUCGGUGAAAUUUUGAUAAUCAGUCUGGCGUAGUUCCUUUUGUUCACAUUACUUUAUUGUAAAAUUCAUCUUUUCGUGUUUUAUUAUAUCCCAAAUUUUUAUUAGUGCAAGGAAUCGGAGUACCUCGUAAUAAUUCAAAAUCAUAGUUGUCCUUUUAGCCUUAGAGAAUCUUUGUCCCCAACCUUGUUUGUAAUUCUUGUAUUAAGAACUCCGCUGUAGUCCUAUCCUAUUGUAAACUUCAAAGUUAGGAGGGUUUGUUGCAUGAAUCAGUCUACACUUUUUUUUGUGCUUUCCACCCGCUACUGUCGAGUCUUAUAAAUUCCGUUGAUUGUAUUAUCUUCUAAAUUAUUACAUGUGUAAUCACUUUUUUCUUAACUGCAA